ACUUUUCUGAGGUAGGCCUAUAAAAUGUAUAUUUGUUUUAAUUAAACCGUUGUAUAAGACGUGGAUAUUAUGUUUAUACCCCCGUGACCAAAAAGGAAACUAAGAAAAAAUAUAAUACCCUAUAAAUACGAAUUUGCAUUUUUCUCACAUGAAAAGAAAAGAGAAUAAUAAUUUGCUUUUGUAUAAUUCACUUGACUUUUCCACUUUUUGAUUUUUGAGGUACAGCAAAGCAACCUUGAACGGCGUUCAAACCAAAAUCCACGAAAUUUGAGCUUAAGUGUUGAGCACUUUGUAAACUAGACAUGCUUCAUUGCACAUCGAUGCUGCCAAAUAAGAUUGGAUCGGAAUGUUGACAGCGUGCAUCAAUGCGGAAGAAAACACUUAAAUUUGCGACAUUUGGAGGGAAAGACAUACUUAGGAUGCUGAACGGAGUUAACUAAUUAUACAAGUUUUCUUGGAUGCGGUAUUGUGAGUGAGUGAUAAAGAAAAUAUAAAAUGCAUUUUACAAUGGAAAAGUCAGUCAGAGGUUUGCUCCUUUUAUUGUCAUUGUCAACAAUUGGAGUCCAUUCUCAGACCAAUGACAGGGCCAAUGCACUCCCUAAAGAUGAUCCUGGACAUAACACACACCAGGAAUAUGUUAUUUAUGCUUGCCUCUCAGUUUCUGGGAUCUUAAUCGGAUUGGUAGUAUUAAUCUUAUGGUUCCUGGUAGACAGGACCAAAGAGCAGCUACGGAACAUUGAUGCUAUAAUGCCUGAAAUCAUAAUGAACCACAGACAAAAGAAGAAUGCUCGGGACGAAGAGGAAAUGUUUGGGACGCUCACGGCGCAUCAAGAUUUGGAAUACAAGCGUAUGGCAAGCACGGAAUCGUCAAAUAAUAGAAACUCUGUUGAGCUGACUGGAUUCCGUAAGUAUGGUACAUCGUCAUCUGCUGUAGUUUUGGAGCAUUUGGAUGUUGAUACGUUUGAGAUAGAUUCAGACAUUAACGCUAUGGAUAUUACAGUUGAAACUACUGUAGGGGACAGCAGUCGAAGGACUUUAGUAGGAAACACUCCGCCACCGUACAAUUCGCCGCCUGCUUAUGAUAAUCCGGCUGCACAGGUGGGGGAGCAUAACGUUCGCACCAAUGGCAGUGCUUUGCAAAGGAACUCGUUAGACUUUGAGGAAGAUCCAAGAAACAAGAGGCGAUAUAAAAAGAAAUAUUAUGAAAGUAAUUUGUAAAAAUGUUAAUAACUGAUCAUGAAUUUGCUAUGAAAAUUAACAUUGAUAGCAGUCAUUGCAAGGUAUAGAGUCAGGAGGUAUAAAGUUUCAAUAAUGACAAUAAAUAAAGACAGUAGGACGUAUAAUGUAAUGACGUCACUAAGUCUUCUGCACAUGCGAGAACAUUAAAUUCUGCGAGAACGUUAAAUUCUCCUUGUCGCGUGUAUUCUAGGACACAAUUUGGCCAAAACUACAAUGCAGAGAACGUAGGAUGCCUGGUGGUAGGAUAGUUAUGCAUGACUGAUUCUGUUCUCGCGUUGCGUUGUCGAACAAAUCAAAAGCUCCCUAUAAUGGUAUCUGUGUUGAGCUAAAAAAAAAAUCAAUAUUUGAAUUAAGCCCUGUCCAGACUAUCACAUUUUAUUUGACAAAAACAUGUGACAUGCCUAAAUAUGGUC